AUAAAAUUGUUGUUAAAUUACUAUGAUGAUAUUUUACACUGAUAAUGUAGCGAAGUACAUGUAACGCAGCUGUCUCUCUAGAAACCUCGUCAACAUGGAUACGGUUAUUUUAAAUGUUGGAGGAACAAUUUUUGAGAUUUCAUGGAAGCUUUUGAAAAGUUAUCCGGGCACUAAACUUGCAGAGCUUUCUGAAAACUGUCCAGAAUUUCGAAAAGAAAAAAAUGAGUAUUAUUUUGACAGGAAUCCAGAAAUUUUUAACGUGAUUUUAGACUUUUAUCGCUAUGGUGAACUACAUUUCCCAUCAAACCUCUGUACACGACUGCUUCAAAAGGAAUUAAUUUUUUGGAAUAUUGAGAGCAGUAUAGAAUCAUGCUGCAUGCAUCCUUACUUAAAAUUUGAAAGCCAAGUUAAAUUGUUGGAUAAAAUAAACGAAUCAAAGAGCACUUGCCAGGAGUGUUUUGAUACUCUUCCUCGUGGUUUGCGGUUUCGGAGAACGAUAUGGACUAUAAUGGAAGAACCAUUGUCAUCCAAAGCAGCGAAGGUGUACAUGGUGUUCUAUUUCAUGGUGAUCCUGAUAUCUACGGUUGUCAUUCUUCUUAGUUCUCAUGCAGAUUUCCGAGAAGAGAGACGUGAAUUUAACGGAAAUUCAACAGAAAUGAGAAUCUAUUUACAGGUCCAGCAUGUGAACGAAAAAGUAAUCACAUUUGUUUUGAACCGCCCAUUUCUAGUUCUGGUUAUAUUGGAAAGAAUGACCGAUUUAUUUUUUGUCGUUGAAAUGGCUGUUCGCUUUUCUGUCUGUCCCUGCAAGAAGACAUUUUUUAAAAGUCUACUGAAUGUUCUUGAUCUUAUUAUUAACAUUGCAAUAAUUGCGAAAUUUGUUUUGGAGAACUAUUACAUUGCCAUUUACAAAAGUCGCUCUUUAUACAUUAUUUAUGCAUGUUGUCAUGCCGUUGUAAUUUUCAGACUUACCCGUGUUUUCCGUUUUGCUUUGCAAUUCAGUGGUAUUCGAAUUUUGUUUCUUGCAUUGUGGGAUAGCCUUAAGGAUCUCUCAAUGUUGCUACUUAUGUGUCUAACAUUGGCAAUAAUCUUUGCUAACAUGAUAUUUUAUGCCGAAUUUUCAAACUUCACGUUUUCAAACAUGUUUCAAGGAAUUUGGUUUGCUAUUGUUACCAUGACAACUGUCGGGUAUGGAGACAUAUAUCCGGUCACAACACUCGGUUGUACUGUAGGUGCAUUUUGCGCCCUUUCUGGAAUAAUUAUUUUAGCAGUACCUAUCGCCAUCGUUGCCGGUAACUUCACAACAUAUUACAAGAAAUAUACGGAGUUUCAGAUGAUAAAAGGAAUGCAAGAUGAUAGACCUUUAACUCGAUCACAAAUAUCCAUUUGAAAUUAUUAAAACGGUUAAAUUUUGCAUAGCGCAAAAACCAGAUUUAAUAGUAAGUUAAAUAUAGCCAUCCGGGCUCGUUGUAUCUUUUUUUCAAACCAGCUUUUUCCGUUGUUUAUUCUAUACAUAAAUAAGUAGUUUUGACACGCGACGAAUCGAAACAAGCGGAUUGUAUCAAUAGAUGCAGAAAACAAUGUUUACAUUUAAUUAGAAAUUGAUAAGAAUAUCAAGAUUUAAACAUUCGUUAGAUUUGUGGGUUGAAUGAAUCAGAGCAUUAUUAUUCAAUCUAAAUUGCUAUACAUAUAUAACUAGUUAACGUCUGAAAAAUCUUUAUUUCUAGCUACAGGUAAUAGAUUUUUUUUAUUUGCAGUGUUAUUUACAGAUGAGUUUUGCUAUUGCUAGUUAAAUAUUACAAAUUAUUGAUCUGCAUUAAAUUGAUUAUCUAAAUACAGUAAUAUGUGUUAUUUUGUUCUAUAUUGUAUUUUGUAUAUUGUUAAACAAUGUUCUACCAUAUUUCGAACUUGGUCACGAUUUAAUAAGAUGUCUGAUUGUAGACUUAAUAAGAAAAUUUUCCUUGAAGUAAUAAUCUCAGUUUUAAUCAAGUAAAGACUUGGAACUGUAGAGUGGAUAAAAAGUUUAAAGAACUUGAUCUUAAUCAGUAUUGUAAAAAUAAAUGUUGAAUGUAUGUUUAGCAAGUCUGUUAUUAAAGAUAUUGAAAACAACCUUUUUAUUAUGUACCAGAAUAAAUGGCAUUCAAAUUAUUGUACAGAAAAAAAUAUUUAAGUAUUACAGAAGUGCAUAUGCUAAAUUUAAAGCAGGUGUCGCUCCAAAUAGAAUUGAAAAUGGCAGGUAUGAAGGUAUAGACGUAAAAGAAAGGUGUUGUUUUAAUUGUAGAAAGCAUUAUUUAGAUAUAUAAUAAUUGAAGAUGAAAAACAUGUGCUGUUAGAAUGCACAGAAUGUGCAGAUUUACGAACGAUCUUUUUUAACAGUGUUUGUAACGUAGAAAGUAGUUUAAUACUUUGUGUAAUGAGGAAAAGUUUUUAUUUAUGUUUCAUAACGACAGAGUUUGCUAUUUUACAGCCAAAAUCUUCAAUGAAAUACUGUUUAAGAGAAAAUGUAUUUUAUACUCGUAUAAACUGUAUGUAAAUAAUGGUUUUUUUUAUUGUCUGUUUGGGAUUACAAAAGAAUUGCUUUUUAAUAUUAUGGUGGUUUAUGCUAAGAUAUUAUAUUGAUAUAUGUUAUAUAUGUAAUAUAAAUGUUGUUUUUUAAUGUGUGUUUUAAAGUCUCUCAUAACUCUUCUU